AUGAUCAGCGUAAUGAACCCCAAAUUUGGCACGACGACUACGACGGUAUCAUUGGCAACCCCGUCGUUGACACCGGUUCCUUUGCAAAACGAGAACCACCAAGAAGGGGCUCUGAAUUGCAAGGCCAUGGUGGUCACGUUCAAGAACGGUGGCACUGGAGUGGACGACGAUGACGAAGACAACACUCCGGGUGACACAGAAUUGGUCCCAUUGGCGACCAGGGAAAGAACCGAGACUCACGCAUUCUUUCAGAUGACAUUUUCGCUGUCACAUAUGCUGGCCAUGAGCUCGACGUGUUACAACCCGAUUCUUUACGCCUGGCUCAACGAGACCUUCCGCAAAGAGUUCAAAGAAGUUCUGCCGUGCUGGCGCAGCUAUGAAGACGACAACGGACGAGUGUCGAACCGUCUCGUUGGCCGCCAGUCUCUCUACUCCAAGCCCCAUCACGUCGAAGAUGAGGAUGAAGACGCCGGCAACAACGCCACCCCGUCCCACCAUCGCCACCACCACAAUCACAACAACCAUCGCCAUCACAAUCACGGCAAGGGACUCGACGAAGGGGAUGCCGACGUAGAGACCGGCUCAGGUCACCCGCAACCUCGUCGCAAGAACACCGAGAUGAUCAGCGUAAUGAACCCCAAAUUUGGCACGACGACUACGACAGUAUCAUUGGCAACCCCGUCGUUGACACCGGUUCCUUUGCAAAACGAGAACCACCAAGAAGGGGCUCUGAAUUGCAAGGCCAUGGUGGUCACGUUUAAGAACGGUGGCACUGGAGUGGACGACGAUGACGAAGACAACACUCCGGGUGACACAGAAUUGGUCCCAUUGGCAACCAGGGAAAGAACUGAGAGUAAUUGCAGGGGUUUGAUCCUGGAACUGAAUACUGCUCAGGAGCCAAACAAGCGAGCUCCACGAAGGCUUCUAACUAGUGAUUUAUAA